AUGCGCGGAAUCCGGGUGUACGUCCCACCAGAGCUGCGGCGGAACGUGCUCGCGGAGCUGCACUCUACACACUUUGGGGGCACACGCUUGAAGUCGCUCGCCAGAGGAUACGUGUGGUGGGAGCGGAUCGACAAGGACAUCGAGGAGCUGAUCCGGAACUGCGCGGCCUGUCAGGUGACACGGGCCGAUCCUGCGAAAGUGCCUCUACACUGCUGGGAAACGCCGAAGGGACCAUUCGACAGAGUGCACGUGGAUUUCGCUGGACCAUUUAUUGGUACGUACUUCAUCGUAUUUGUUGACGCGUACUCCAAGUGGCCAGAAGUGAAGAUCUUGCGAGACAUCACUACGAGUACGACCAUCCACGCCUGUCGUGAAUUCUUUGCUGCCUACGGGAUACCUGCCGUGCUCGUGAGCGACCACGGAGUGCAAUUCACGUCGGCCGAGUUUCAGCACUUCCUGAAAAAAAAAUGGAUUCUUCCACAAGAUGGGCGCACCGCGGAACUGUGCAACAUCCUACUCAGUUACCGCAAGACCAUACACCCUGCCACCGGGAAAUCGCCUUCGAUGAUGCUGUUCAACAGGCACAUCCGGUCUCGACUUGACCUGGUGGUCCCGAACGCUGCAGUGGUGGAAGAAAAAGCCGAAGUAGCCGUUCGAUCGCUUCCCGAGGGGGCGAGAGUUGCUGCUCGUGACUUCCUGAGCAAGGACAAGUGGAAGUACGGUCACGUUGCUGAAAAGUUGGGCAAACUCCACUACAACAUCAAGCUGGACGAUGGUCGACUCUGGAAUCGACCAGCUGCGAGAAGUCGGAGCGAACCUGCCGUCUGGACGUCCUGA